AUGAGGAUUCGAAGCGGAGGCCAUGACUUUGAGGGCAGCUCCUAUGUUUCCAAUGCUACCUUUUUCGUCAUGGACAUGUUCAAUUAUCGUUAUGUUAAAGUUAAUAACCAAGAACGAACAGCAUGGGUUGGAGCUGGUGCAACAAUAGGAGAAACUUACUAUGCCAUUAACAAAACUAAUAGCUCGCUUGCUUUCGCAGCUGGCUAUUGGCCUAAUAUUGGAGUUGGGGGUCACGUUAGCGGAGGAGGCUAUGGUCCUCUGAUAAGGAAACAUGGUCUAGCUGCUGAUAAUGUCAUUGAUGCUCGUAUUGUCGAUGCAAAAGGAAGAGUUCUCACUCGAGCAUCGAUGGGAGAGGAUGUGUUUUGGGCAAUCAGAGGGGGAACAGGUGCUAGUUUUUGUGUCAUUCUCGCAUGUAAAGUAAAAUUGGUUGCCAUUACCCCGAGAGUUUCAGCAUUUCGCCUUAACAAAACCCUGGAAACAAAUGCAACAAACCUUGUUCACAAGUGGCAAUUUGUUGCCCCAAAGUUGCCCAGGGACCUACUUCUUUCACUCCAAAUAACUAGUAUCAAUUCAGCUCAAACUGGCAGAAAAACGAUACAAGCUUCAUUUGUUGCUGUUUUCCAGGGAGGAGUUGAUCAACUACUCUCGAUAAUGCAAAAUCAAUUUCCAGAAUUGGGAUUGACUAGGCGAGAUUGCAUUCGACUGAAUUGGCUCGAUAAUUAUCCCUUCCAUCUGAACAUCCCAACAAACUCAACGGCCACUUUUUUGACAAGUAGAUUUCCUCCAGUUCCUAAAAUUUAUUUGAAAGGAAAGUCAAAUUUUGCCCAGGUGCCUAUUCCAGUUGAGGGGUUAAAGAAGAUAUGGGGACAACUUUUGAAGAUAGAUAAUCCACCUGGGAAAUUCGAAUGGACCCCUUUUGGGGGAAUUAUGGAUGAGUUUCCUUCCACAGCAAUUCCGUUUCCAUAUAGGGCUGGAAAUAUAUUCAUUUUGUUUGAAGCUAUUGAAUGGAAUGGAUCAGAACCAAAUCUACAAAGACAGCGUAUAGCUUGGAUUCGACAAAGGCAGAGGAUUAUUGGUCAAUAUGUAGCCAAAAAUCCAAGAAGGGCAUAUGUCGAUUACAGGGAUCUUGAUUUGGGUAUAAACAACUCAAAUUUCACCAGCGUUGAAGUAUCAAGAAGCUGGGCUGUUCCAUAUUUCAAUCAAAACUAUGAGCGAUUGGUCAGAGCCAAGACGCACGUUGAUCCUUUCAAUUACUUCAAUAUUGAACAAACUAUUCCACCUUAUAGUCCAUGUAAGUGA